UACACACAUCCGAUGAAGCGCGUUCUAUUCUUUUCCGUUUGAGGCGUCUCCAUAGCAAUGCGAGGGAGCGCGCGUACUGGCGUCUGAACAGAGUGCUUCUGUUUCUCGAGUCAUUUCUACGACACUGAGUAUCAAACGUUUUUGAAAUAUGUUGUUGUUAACGUCAUUUCUGAAAAUAGCAGCUGUUAAACUCUAUAUUUGCCUUCAUCUGAUUAUUCAUCUGGACUUUAGAGGAGGUUUUCAGCACUAUACAGCAUACAUGGAUAUCUUCUUUCUGUUCUGCCAGUAUAGAGAGGUGUCAGGGUGAGCUCUGUUUAAAACCCUGUGGAAUUAGAUGACACAUUUCAGGUUACAGACUCACUGAGGUCAACUGCAAUAAGACCCGGCAUGUGACGUCACAUCCUAACAAAUAAAAUACCGAUUGGAUACUUGGUGGUAAAACGUUUACAUGCAUUCAUUUCCAAUGCACUUAUACAAUGCUUUUUCUCUCAUGCUGUUAUUUCUCAAAGCAGCUGUCAAUCAGUAAAGUGGUCAGACAGGAAAUCUCACUACAAGAAGAACAAAACUCCAACCAACCAUGGCACGCACAAGGACUAAUGAUGACAUGCAGUACACUUUCUCUGUCAGCUCCAAAAAGCAGCUAAUGGAACAAUUACACUCUGAACAGAAGGAGGCUUAUUCCAUAACACAGCCACUGCUGGAAACUGAGACUGGAUUCAUAAAGAAUCUAGAGCACUACCUAAAUCACAGAGACACAUUAGCCCUGAAGAAGCGCGAGCUGCUCCAUAAACGCUGGACAGAGUGUGUGUGGCUGACUGUACAGAGCAGCAUCGCACAACACUUUACACAGCACGGCUACAAUGAGACAAAGAACAUGAGGAGCAUGCACACACAGUAUAUCAACUAUUGUAAUGCAAAGGGCUUUGUGUUUUUAGAGACCUACGAUCCUUCAGAGUACAACCCAUUCCUGCAUCAUUUCAACAGACCACAGCAUCACAAAGUUUUAACUCCACCGUUGCAGGAUCCACUAUCUCUUCAAUCUCGAGGCAUGAUUAAGGAUAAAAUGGCAAUACUUCGCUGCCAAACAGGCUGUGUUUAUCAUCAUCGGCGGGUGGAUGAAUGUUCUCAGAGUUUACCUGUUUCUCAGCAUAGUCUUACAAAGCCACAUGCCAAACCCUCCGGAGACACUGCGUCAGAACGACUUUGGGGGGACAACAGUAGGUGGGGAUCAAGGAGACAAGGAACUCCAUGUGUGUCUACGGCAGACGGACGGUGCUUUCAGCCUCAGUGCUGGUCUUCUCGAAAUUCAUCACGUCAUGUUCUUCCUCUAUGAAGAUGUGAAGUGCUAUUUCUAAAAAUGGUGCUCUUGUUUUAUUGAAUUACUAUGAAAGUGCAAUAAACAAUAAUGUAUCCAGUAUAUGUGGUGCUUUAUUAAU